AUGGAUAAUGAAGAGGUUAACGCAGAAUUUGUGAGGUCAGUUUUCAAGAAUGUUCGUACGCUUUUAGAUAAGCAUCUAACGUCAACCUUAAUUUGUGAUGAAGACGCGUAUAUCACGUUCAGAUGUUUCUUAGACGGCAUGCAUCACAAAUUUACCAAAUUACUCGAAGUGCUGCUUUUGAAGCACGAAAAUAUGUACCGUAAUAAUAAACAUGAACUCAUUGAUGAUACGGUUAUACCUCUGCUCCUGAAACUUUUAUGGCUUCAAAUCCAUGAACCUACACUUAAAUGGUUUGAGCGCUGGUUCUGUGAUAUCAUGCGGUUAGAUAACAAGCGAAAGUUCAGGGUUUUCAGAAGAUUUCAUAGAAAAAUGGUUUAUUUGUUCAAACUUAUACACAGGUAUUAUUAUAAGACUAUCGAAUUUCUAUGUGAAAAGUAUGAUAUGCGUCUAGUUAUCCCAGAUGCUUUGUUUGCCCGACUUAAUAUAAUCCAAUUAACAGACAGAUCUCCACUUCGUGAAAUGACCAUAUUAAACACCAGUAAUCCGUUGACAUUUUCCAUUGUAAUCUCGUUUCAGAGAUGCUUAAUUAAUCUAGGUUCCGCACAUCUCUAUAGAACAUUAUUAAACAAGCCGUCCAGCCAUCCCAAAAGAAUAGAGGAUUUCAAAAAGUCUAUCAGGUAUUUAAAUAUUGCUUCACUCUGUCUUCCAGCUGUUGGAGAUACAUAUUUCCAACUGGCCAAAAUUUACUUGAGUACUGAAAAGUUUUCAUUAUAUUUUUUUGAAUUAAUAAGAGGUUCGUUAGUAAGGAUUCCGUCUGAAGAUGCGUUAACCUGUUUGAAAGGUUUCAUUCUAGCCCCCAACUUUUCCGAAAGGAAACAUUUGGUAAAUAAAUUGGAAAUGUUUACUUCAAAAUCACUCAGAGGUGAGAAACUACUGUUCGAAAGUCGUAUUGUUUUGCAAUUCCUCUCAAUGUUAGAACAAAGUAUGGUUCCUCAUUUGCUAAAUGCAUCGCAUACUGCUAACCAUUCGAUAUUGAGAGAGUAUUUGCAAUCAGCUUUACCAAAUCAUCAUUCCGCAAAAAUUAAUAUAAUAUUUGAAAAUUUAACCGCCAUGAUAGGAAGUUUUGAUCUUAUGUUCUCAAAUGAAAAGAGCAAGGAAGAAAGGAAUAGACUCAAAUACGUAGAUUUGUGUGAACGUCAAGUUUUAUUUUUAGAUUCAAGCUUCGAUUUUAUUGCCAAUAUGAUAGAUGUUGUGAUUAUUCCCUCAUGGCAAACAAAUACGGAAGAUUUUCAAUAUCUAGCCACUAUACGUCUACUUAUAUGCUGGAUUAAGUCAUAUAGAUCCAUUUUGCAAUACACUCACAGAAACAAAAAGUUUUGUACUUCGUUCGCUUUGUUGCUAAAUGAUUUGAUAAAUAGUUCCUUAAAUCAUCCAAGAUAUCUACCCAGUCAUAGACCAAGAAGAAGGUAUUAUUUUGAGGAAGAUAUCAUACUUAGAGAGUUUUCUUGUGUUAACUUCGCCUUGACUGAUUUCAAUGAUGACCUCGUGUAUAAUUCCCCCAACAUGAUUAAUAACAUAAUUGGAUGCCCUACAUCGACUGACAGGCUCUAUCCAAAAGAAGAAUGUAUUCUGCGAAUCAAAUCAAUCAUUUUUUCUGGCAUAAAAUUCUUGGAGAAAAAUGACACUGGUAUCAUGUGGAAUGCCGGCAAAUACAAAUUCGAGUUAGUAUAUCCAGAAACUAAAACAAGACACAAAAUAGCACUAUCAGAAAUAUCAUUCAAAAUAAAUACAACACUGCAACAAGAGAGAGCAGUUCCAUCAAAAAAUGUUGAGGUUGAAAAUACCGAACCACAGCGUAAAAAAGCUAGGAAAAUAGCGGUGACAGAACUGGAAACUCAAUUGGCAAAUGUCCGAAGAACAAGGAAAGCCUCACCCUCGGAAAAAAGGCGUCAUUCCCUUAAAUUGGAAAAUUGUGCUGUUUCACCGGAAGACACCACUACUGACCCACGAUCCACCAAUAUUUUUUCAUAUCCAAACGAAGCAAUUGAUGCUGAUGAAGAAACAUUCGUUCAAGUGUUGGAUACCAGUAUUCGAAAGGACAAGCGGAUUUGA